AUGGGAUACGUACUUAGGGUGAGGUUUGCGUCAUUUUUCGCCGGGGCUGCGGUGGCGUCAGCGGUGGGGCUAUACAUGCUUCACAAGGAUUACAAGACCGCCAAUCAAGCCAUCUCUCAACAGAUGAAUGGCCUUUAUGAAUCUCUGGAUGGACGCAUCUCAGCACUCGAGAAAUUGAGAGAAGCUGAAGUGGUGAAACAUGUGGAGGCUACAGAAUGA